AUGUCGACCGUUUAUUCCGCAAAGAAGGGUCCCCGAGAAUACGUCUCGUCUGUUCUGGAUGAGACGAACUCUUCUACCAGCAGCCACAUUUCGCCCUUGGGUGAACCGAAUGAAGAACGCCGCUUCUGGUUCCAGCGAGGCAAAGGCUAUAACCCUGGCGCAAUUGCGACCCAGCCUUCUGUUUUUGAUGACCCUGAUACUGCGAAGGAAUACCAACCCCGCGCCGACUGGGAGAACUUGCAUCGAUUCGACCCGUCUGCCCGAUGGACGUGGGGCGAAGAAUAUAAGUUGAUCCGGAAGAUAGAUGUACGCAUUAUGAUAUGGAGUUGUCUCAUGUUCAUGGCGCUUGAGUUGGAUCGGUCCAAUCUUCAACAGGCUUUGACUGACAACAUGCUUCAUGAGCUGCACAUGACUACCAAUGACUACAAUCUUGGAAAUACCGUUUUCAAGCUUUCAUUCCUCUGCGCCGAGUUGCCUUCCCAGCUUGUUAGCAAAUGGGUAGGACCUGAUCGGUGGAUUCCCAGCCAGAUGGUCCUUUGGUCUGCUGUGGCGAUGGGACAAUAUGCACUGAAUGGACGAACCUCAUUCCUUGUGUGUCGCGCUCUUCUUGGAAUCUUGCAAGGCGGAUUCAUUCCCGAUGUCAUUCUGUAUCUCUCGUAUUUCUACAAGCAUCACGAGCUAUCUAUCAGGCUGGGUUUCUUUUGGACAGCCAUGAAUAUUGCAGAUAUUCUUGCUGGAUUCCUGGCAUUUGGUCUCUUGCACCUUCGUGGCGUAGAGGGCCAAUCGGGCUGGCGCUGGCUUUUCUUGCUUGAGGGCCUAUUGACACUUCUGUUUGGUCUCGCUGCUUUUAUCCUGAUGCCACCCGGGCCGUGUCAAACCGCAAAUUGGGCUCGAGGGAAAGCUGGAGAGGAGACUAUCAUCGUCAAUCGAGUGAUUCGCGAUGAUCCAAGCAAAGGCACCAUGCAUAAUCGCGAGCCCAUAACGCCAAAAUUGCUGUGGAAGAGUCUCAGGGAUUAUGACCUUUGGCCCUUGUAUAUCAUUGGGCUCACUUUCGGAACUCCAAUGACGACAGCCAAGCAGUAUCUUACGCUCACGCUGAAAGGCCUCGGCUUCAGCACAUUUGUUACCAAUCUUCUAACCAUUCCCACUGAAUUCCUUUCCAUCGUCUUCCUUCUGAUCUUGACGUACGUCUCUGAGGUCACGGAACAAUUGACCUUGGUGUCGAUGCUCGGUCAAAUAUGGGUACUCCCAUUCGUGGUGUAUCUAUAUGUUGUGGACAUCACCGCCGUCAAUAAAUGGACUGUUUGGGCGGUCAUGACACUUCUACUGGCUUAUCCAAAUGCACACGCCAUCCAAGUCGGUUGGAACUCUCGAAAUUCAAACGCUGUCCGAUCUCGCACGGUCUCAGCUGCCAUGUAUAACAUGUGUGUCCAAUCCUCCGGAAUCAUCGCUUCUAACAUUUAUCGAACUGAUGAUGCCCCCCGCUAUCGGAGAGGUAACCGUGUCCUAGUAGGACUUGUCGUCUCAAACAUCUUCAUCUAUCUAUUGACCAAGGUCUACUAUGUCUGGCGCAAUUCAAGCCGUGAUAAGAAGUGGAACGCUAUGACCGACAACGAGAAGGCCCAUUACUUGGCAACCACUAAAGAUAGUGGUAAUAAGCGACUCGACUUCCGAUUUGCGCAUUGA